AUCACGAAUAAGAUCAUGAUCACUUCCACGCAUCCUAAGCAGACCACCAUUGUUCACACCAGAAACAAAGAUUUCAAGCAAAGAAUGAAGAAAGCAGAGGUGGUGCUAAUCCCCUUACCUGCUAUGGGCCAUAUUGUAGCAGUAGUGGAGAUAGCUAAGCUGCUUGUUCAACGUGAUGAUCGACUUUACACAACUGUCUUGGUAAUGCAUCCCACUCUUGAUCCCAGCACUACCAAGUACAAUGAAUCACUUGCUGCAUCAACUCUCCCUGAUCGUAUGCGAGUCAUUAACUUGCCCAGAGUUGAGUCCAUAACAUCAGAUACUAAACCCAAUAACUGGCUUAGUUCUUUGGUUGAAGGGCAAAAACCUCAUGUCAAAGAAUAUGUUUCAAAGAUAAGAACUCAGUCUGAAUUGAGUCUUGAUGCUCCUCGCCUAGCUGGGUUUAUUUUUGAUUCUUUUGUUACAGGACUGAAAGAAGUAGCCAAUGAAUUUGGGUUACCAUGGUAUGCUUUCUCUGCUUCGGGUGCAGCUUUUCUUGGUUGUUUAUUGCAUCUUCAGGCACUUCAUGAUGAGGGAGCGGACCUGACUGAAUUCAAGAACUCGGAUGUCGAGUUGAGGAUUCCGAGUUUGGUGAACCCAUUUCCCGCUAAACUUUUGCCUUCUGUACUGUUUGAGAAAGAAUCGAUUACGACUAUUCUUGAGCAACCAAGAGCAUUGGCCGAAGCCAGAGGUAUCUUGGUAAAUACAUUUUUGGAGUUUGAAUCCCAUGCUAUCAGCUCUCUUUCCGAUGGCAGGACCCCUCCAAUAUAUCCAGUGGGACCGAUUGUUAAACAUAAAAGAGACGGUCAUGAUGUGGGUUCGGAAGGGAGCAACAGUUACAGAAACAUUAUUGAAUGGCUUGAUGAUCAGCCUCCAUCAUCAGUUUUGUUUUUGUGCUUUGGAAGUGGUGGAAGUUUUAGGGAGAAUCAGGUGAAAGAGAUUGCUUGUGCCCUAGAGAAGUGUGGGCAUCGAUUCUUAUGGUCCCUACGUAAACCUCCACCGAGAGGAAAGUGGGAGUAUUCACCGAGUGAUUAUGCAAAUUUUCAAGAAAUCUUACCGAAAGAGUUUUUAAACCGGACAGCUAAGAUUGGGAAAGUAAUCGGAUGGGCUCCACAGGUAGACAUAUUGGCUCAUCCAGCCAUAGGAAUGUUUGCUUCGCAUUGUGGAUGGAAUUCUAUACUAGAAAGUAUAAGGUUUGGUGUUCCAAUUGUCGCCUGGCCAUUAUAUGCAGAGCAACAGUUCAAUGCCUUCCAAAUGGUAAUUGAGUUGGGAUUAGCUGUGGAAAUUAAAAUGGAUUGUAGGGAGAAUUCUCAUGGUGAUAACGAAAUAAAUGUGAGUGCUGAUGGUAUAAUGAAAGCAAUAGAGCAUGUGAUGGAGCAAGGUAAAGAAAUAAGAAAGAAGGUAAAAGAGAUGAGAAGAAUAAGUGAGAAAACCUUGACGGCUGGUGGAUGUUCGUAUUCAUCAUUGGGUCGUUUGGCUGAUGAUAUAAUAGACAACCAGCCAUGAAACAACUGCGCCAAACUAUCCUCUGAGCGAUUACUUACAGUAAGCAAUUAUGAUUUAUCUAUAAGAAUCUAUGUAUUAAGAAUGUUAGUCGCGGCCAAUAAAUUUAAUCUUUCCUUUC